UGCUCUGCAGAGCAGCUCAGCGUACGCUGCAAGCAUCAGACUGACUGACUACUGGCUGCGUUUGAUUGGGAAAAAAUGAACGGCUACGGAUCCCCCUACCUUUACAUGGGGGCCCCCGUGUCGCAGCCGCGAGCGCCUCUGCAGCGGACCCCCAAGUGUGCGCGGUGCAGGAACCACGGGGUGCUGUCGUGGCUCAAGGGCCACAAGCGCUACUGCCGCUUCAAGGACUGCACCUGCGAGAAGUGCAUCCUCAUCAUCGAGCGGCAGCGCGUCAUGGCGGCGCAGGUGGCGCUCCGCCGGCAGCAGGCCAACGAGAGCCUGGAGAGCCUCAUCCCCGAGUCACUGAGGACCCUGCCAGGCAUGGCCCUACCCGGGGCGGCCGAGGGCGCCGGCAACAACAACAGCCCGGGAGUGAGGGGCGCUUCGGCAGAGCGGGACUUGGACCUGAGGUGGAGCGAGGCUGACCAGGCGAACCACGCACCACCGUGCACCAUGGACCCAGAGGACGGUCCCGGGGAGGCAUCAGGGGGGGACCACGGGGGCAGCACCGGCAGCGACAAGGAGCCCGACCCCGUCAGCUCCCCCGAGGCGUCCAAGCCCAGCUCCUGCUACACGCCGGAGCCCCCGGACCCCUCCUCCCACCCCGAGGCGGGCCGCUACGGGCGAGCGGCCAAGCCCCCCGCCCCGGAGCGCCACCCCAAGCCCCCCGAGAGCCCCCCCGCGCAGAAGUACCCCGGGGACCAGAGCGUGCUGAUCGAGGGCCUGGCGGGCUCCGUCUCGCUGCCCCUGAACCUGCGCGCCAACCGGCCGCCCCUGGACGUCCUGAAGAAGAUCUUCCCCGGCCACAAGCCCCCCGUGCUGGAGCUCAUCCUGCGGGGCUGUGGCGGCGACCUGGUGGGGGCCAUCGAGGUGCUGCUGUCCAGCCGCUCCGGCCCCGAGGCGGCCGGGGCCGGGGGCCAGCACCACCACGUGGACCGCGGGCCCCCCGAGCACGCGCUGGUGCUGCCCCCCGGCGGCCACGCGCUCUUCGAGCACGCGCUGGGCUCCUACCACCCGGUGUCGGCCUCGGCCAAGUGGUCGGUGGGCUCGGCCUUCCGGGUGCCCGAGUCGCUGCGGUUCCCCGUGGAGCCGCCCGCCCAGGGCCUGGCGUCGGCCGGGGGGACGGUGCUGGGCGUGCAGCACCCGUCCUUCCCGCAGCCCAGCCGCUACCCCCUCAUGCUGCGCAACUCCCUGACGCGGGGCCCCGGCGGGCCCUUCAUGCACAACGACGUCACCCUGUGGAACACCAUGACCCUGCAGCAGCAGUACCAGCUGCGCUCGGCCGCGCAGUACGUGUCGCCCUUCGGGCCCGGGGCUCCGCCCACCCUCUCCUCGUCCUCGGCUGCGGCAGCUGCGGCGGCGGCGGCGGCGGCGGCGGCUAUCAACACGGGGGGCCCCGUGUUCCGGGGCUCCCCCCUGCUCCUCCCCACCGCCAGGUUGUCGGGGGAGGAGGAGGGCGGGGGCUGCCCGCUAGGGGGCAAACCCGGGCUGUACUCUCCCGUCGACGAGGAGUACGACGAGAGGUCGGAUUCGUCCGACUCGCGCGUUCUGAGCUCGUCCGCUUAGGGGCCCCGGAGAGCCACAGGAGGGCCCUUCUCUAGACGCAGAAGGCCUGAGGGCCCCUGAAGGCAACCCAGUGGAAAAACACGAGGGAGAUCACCGUCAAAGACACAGAGAGAGAUUCUUGUUUGAACUGAGGUGAAUUCAAACCAAAAUCCCCCCAUGGGAGAAAAGACUAUGACUAGACUAUAUUAGCUUCGGACAUCAACAUUAUUUUGCUGUCUGAGUGUCUUUUGCCAGGAGGGAUGUGACCAAAAAGUAUCAUGCAUACCAGAAUGUGAUGAUGAUGAACCACGUUGUUUAUAAGAAUGAAUACUUUAUGUCCUGUAAGCAUGUUAAGUGAGAAAAUGUAAAAAAAAAAUAUCAUUGCAUGUCAGGAUUAGUCAUGCCUGAAUAAAUGUGGGGCAGAGCCCAGUGCGUCCCAUGAAUGUGACCAUGGUGGCUCCUUCACUAAAACAAUCAUGUUGCAUUGUAGACGGAGGGCCGAUCCACGGGGAACAUUAUCCGAGCGAAUCAC